UUGAAAUGGCUCGUACAAAGCAAACAGCUCGUAAAUCUACCGGAGGAAAAGCUCCCCGAAAACAACUGGCCACCAAGGCAGCACGUAAAAGUGCCCCAGCAACUGGUGGAGUCAAGAAACCUCAUCGUUACAGACCUGGUACAGUCGCUCUUCGUGAGAUCCGUCGUUACCAGAAGUCUACCGAGUUGCUGAUCCGCAAGCUUCCUUUCCAACGUCUUGUCCGAGAAAUCGCUCAAGAUUUCAAAACUGACCUAAGGUUCCAGAGCUCAGCUGUCAUGGCUCUUCAAGAGGCUAGYGAGGCUUACUUGGUUGGUCUGUUCGAGGACACAAACUUGUGCGCCAUUCACGCCAAGCGAGUCACCAUCAUGCCCAAGGACAUUCAACUUGCACGCCGAAUCCGUGGCGAGAGGGCUUAAACUAGUUCUCAAACAUACAAAAGGCUCUUUUAGGAGCCACCACAUGCUACAAAAGUCAAUGGUGUUUCAUGCUUUCCCGCGCGUUUAUCAGUUUGAAUCAAAGCCACGAGGAGCAAGGCCGUCAUCGGCUCCCUCGCAGUCCUCAAUAAUUCUAAAUUAUGUUGAAAGUAUGCUUUAUUUUUUUUCCAACUAAAAGCACUACUUUUUAGGUGAAAUUUUAUUAAAAAAACUCACUAGAGUUGACACAUUUUUGGCGGGAAAUAUACUGAGGUCUUGGGCUUCCUGUAUGUAUACAUGUAUGCUUACCCAUCGAUGCAUUUGGAAGGGAGUUGUUCAACUAUACUUAGUAGAGUAUAUACUUAGAGUUUGAAGAUUGGUAUAUGCAAUAUUUUUUUUAGCUGGCAAGUGCUCAAAUUUGUGGGGAGUAAGAAUGCAACAAUUUGAGCGGACAUUGAUAUGAUUGAUUCAUACUAAUAAUUGAAAAUA